UAAUUACCCGCCCAAUGCAGUAUGGCUGUUGGUUAGAGCCAUUCUUCUGACCCAGAAUCUUCAACCUACUAGUCCUGCACCAAACAAACCCCUCUACUUGCCUUCUCUAUCUACCUCUCUGUUCCUUCUGCUCGGAGCAGCAAUGUUCAGACCGGUGUUGCCGCUAGCUCCCGUCCGUCCUUCGCGAUGGAAAGAAUCCUGGGGGCGCUUACUUGGCCCCUUGACCCUCUGGAUAUGUGUUUCAGUGACUUUGAGAUAUGGGUAUUAUGCUGAUCGACAAAUGUUGCUUGGACCUAGCUCGUCACGGUUGAUGAAGGCAAGUUCUGUGUUUGUCGAGCAGGUUGAAGUGAGAGACGAUGAUAAGAAAGGGGUUAUUCUAUACGGAUUCUAUGAGAAGCCAGAGCUGAUUGUCGAAACCAAUUGGAGCCUAUCUGAUUAUAUGAUUGUUGCACCUUACAGUCGAAAGGGGUUUUCUGUGUGGUUGAACAAGGGUUCAAGGAUCCGUAUGAGAUGGGAAACUCAAACUACUAUUUUAAAUCAACUUCAAGUGGUUUUGAUUAAAGGAGAGCGCAAGUAUGAAACUCUGCUACCUACAUUGACGACUUCCCCUGACGCCCUUAACCUCAGUAAACCCUUAAAUGGUAGCUUUUUCUCCCACCUUUUCGUCGUCUUCAACCUGUUUGAUUUUUUCCCCAAACAAGACAGACAGAAAGAAAAGGAAAAGAUCCUUAGCAAUCUCCUACUUGAAAGGAAAGAUGCCGAGUACACGAUCCAGGAGGAUGACAAGUACUAUCUUGGUCUGGUAAACACAAACCCCAAAAGCAUUAUAAUGAAUAUAGCUGUAAAUGUUACAGCAAAACUUUAUGAUGUAUCCAAAGCGAGGAACAUGUGUUCGACAAUAAAGGGCUCAUGCCGGCUUAUGCUUCCAUUUCCAAAGGCUCAGUAUGUUGUAGUAACCACACCUGAUAAUGGGGAUCUAGGUGGAUGGUACAUUGAGCUGUCUUUUGUGGCUCGUGUAAUAACUUACAUUGCGAUUUUAGGAUUCAUAAUUUUUAUUAUUCUCCUGGUUUUGAAAUAUCUUGGAACCUGUGAUUCUGAGGGUAAUAUGGCAGAUACAGAAGCAAGGCAAGUUUCUGAGACAGAGCCUAUACUGCCAGAAAAACCAGUUCCUUUCACAUACGGAACCAAUGAAAAAGAUGAAGAUGAUGGAUCAUCUAGUACUUCUUCAGAGGAUUUGUACGACGCUAAACUGUGUGUCAUCUGUUAUGAUGAACAAAGAAACUGCUUUUUUGUUCCUUGUGGCCAUUGUGCAACGUGCUAUGAAUGUGCUCAAAGGAUUAUAGAGGGAGAAGGUAAAAUAUGUCCAAUAUGUCGGAGGCUGAUUUACAAAGUAAGGAGACUGUUCACCUCGUAAGAGAACAAUUUCAUUUCUUCGACUUGAAUAUGUAUGACAACGUUUGAGGAAGAGAGUUUACGUUAGUGGAGACUAUAAGUGCCAAUUUACUUUCUGUUCAAAGUCCAGUACUGGUUGCUUUAUGUGUCACAUGAAAUUCUUUUUUCAAUCUAUGUGUUGGACAGCCAGUGUUGACUUAUACAAAUUGUGCUCGGUUUGAUUGAGAAUUUAUGAAUAGGAGACUGUUUUUGCUGUAUAA